UCAAAGAAGUCUGUCAUGUCGUUGCCAUGGAGAUACAAACAAAAGUCCAGCGAGUCAAACGCAGGCUGUUAACGUUACUUACCUUGGAUAAAAUGCGGGUUAAUUGGGGUUUAGUGUGAUCAGCUACACGGACUGCCUUGUUUUAUAGUUAACAGUCACAUAUUAUUGGUUUGGAGCUUUCCUCAAGCUCAGAGCAGCAUGUUUUAUGCACAGUCUCCCAAAAAGACGGGCCUGCCAAGAGAGGUUGUGAAAUGGCUGCAAGGCCUCGACUUAUCAAUGUAUCCGAAGAAUGUGCGCAGAGAUUUUUCCAGUGGUUACCUUGUGGCAGAGAUAUUUUCUCGUUAUUACCCCCAAGACUUUUCUGUGCAUUCGUAUGACAAAGGAACAUCACUUUCUGCUAAACAGAGGAACUGGAGCCAGAUCGAGAGGUCUUUACAGAGGCAGAAUCUGCACUUAAUGAAAGAGGUCAUUGAUGGAGCCAUCCACUGUAAGCCAGGAGCGGCUGAGCUGUUGGUGCAGGAGGUUUAUACUGUUUUAACUAACAGGAGGAUCAGAGAUGUGCAGGGCCCAGAGUGGGACUUCACUGACCAAGAGUACCAGGAGCUUCUGCCCACAUUGGCUCGCUCCACGGCCUCCAAGGCCAUCAAGAACAACCUGAGGAUAACGGAGCUCAUGGCUGAGCCUGACAUCAACACAAACCAGAGGAAGGCAGAGGUCAUCCUCCACAGGCACCUGGAGCACAAGGCUGUAGAGAGGGUUCUCAACCCUGGACGUUUUAAAGUGAAACGAGAAAAGGCUAAUCUGGGUCAGCUGGCAGCCAAAAAUCUUGGGCUAUCCAGCCACGGUGAUGAGUGCUUUGACAGCCCUUCAUCUAAAGAUACUACAUCAAAGUUGUGCUCCUCAUCAACAUGGAGUGGAGCUGCUGUUUCCUUUAAGGAGAUAAAGGUGCACCAGCCUGUCAGACGCUCCCUGGUUAGCUGCUGAAGGAACUGCAUGGAGAUCUGUGCUCUCUUACUGUAUUGUGUGUGUCACUUGAUAUAGUGUGAUAUAUGUUAUUUUUCACAAUUACUCAAAGCAUAGCCUUUUUUCAACUAUUAUGCUACACAAGGAGUAUAGUUUGUUUUAAAAGACAGAUGGUGUAACUGUUUGUUAUGGCUUUGGUAACGUUACAGGGCCUCUACCUUCAUGUUUGGGCUAUGCCUGUUUGUACCAGUAGGUGGCAGCAUUGAGUCAUGAGCAGAGCAGUCCUCAAUGUGUAAAGAGACCAAAAUCCACUGCUGUACGUGUACCAUUCACAAAAAGAGGAAAUAAAUCAAAAAAAUGUA